GGUGACGUCAUUCGCACAUAUCCCCAGUAGUGCUGUCUGGCUCUGCAGCAAGUCAGACAGAAACAGAAAAGAGCUGAGUGUGUGAGUCCAGUCGGGAGGGGCUCUUUGAAGGAAUAUUACCACCGCCGGCGUUCAAGCAAAGCCAACCUACAACUCUGGAAUAGGCAUUUAUGUGCCCUCCACAAGACGCAUUUCGGGAGUCGGGCUCAACAACAAGAAAAUAGGUCCCUUUGGGGUAGGGCGGAUUGCUUGCACUGGUUUUGUAACUGCGAGAGGAGAAAGAGAAAACCGCACUGAUUUGCAACAUUGGCUUGAAACCGGUCGAGUGCCCCAUUUUUCCCAUCAUCACUCCUUUUCCAACCCAGCUUCCGUGUUUUCCCUUCUUUGUUCGCGCUCAGUGCUCCAGACUGCAAAAACGAAAAGAUGCCUAGCUCGCUGUUCGCCGAGAUGGAGAGGAAUGGGAGCAACCAGGAGAACGCCCUGGACGACCAGAGAGCCCUGCAGUUAGCCCUGGACCAGCUCUCCUUGCUCGGCUUGGACAACGACGAGAACGGGCUAUAUGACAACGAGUCUAGCCGGAAAAAGAGUGUCAACAUGACCGAAUGUGUCCCUGUGCCUAGUUCGGAGCAUGUAGCUGAAAUUGUCGGUAGACAAGGUGAGUAGGUUACUGUAUUUGCUUUUCAUUUUCGCUGUUUCUUUGUUAGGAUGCAAUCUUGCAACUAUAGCCCGCAGCUGGCCAGAGUCAGUGGCUACAAUCUUUCACUGACUGACUGUAGGUUAGCAUAGUCUGGGCGUUAGUUUGCUGUUACACAUACAUGCAGAAUCUGGGUUUCCCCCUCCCUUCCACUGCAAUAUGCCAGUUGUUGUCCACGGCAAAACAAAGGCAAGCGGAGGAAUAGUUUGGCUGCUACCGUAGCGCUCAUACAUAUAGACAGGCAGAGCUCUGACGGGGAGUGGUAUAUAUCCACAAGGGAUCCACUCCUUUUGUCAUGUUAUAGCGAUCUUGUCCUAGAUAGGCUUUUGCAUCAGCCCACGACGUCAGUGAUUUUUCAUUCCUCGGCUGCUUUCCUCAACUGUUCCCCAUUUUUCCAAUGAUGAAAUGGUUACAGCCGGAGACCGUUGGAAUAGAACUUUAUGCAUAAAUGGCCGGAAAUUGAAUCAAUAAAGUAGACUUAUCUAUGUUCGUAUAACCCCCGUGAAAUGAAAUGGAUCAUGACAGUUAGUGGAUGUUUCCUGGGUAUUGCUCCUAUCAUAUGUUGUUGCUGUGCUAAGGGGAAAUCAUGGAUUCUGCACCCCCCCUCUUUACUUGUGCUAUUUUUGACCUCAUCUGGCAUAGGGGCAUGAUAGUCCUAGAGCAUGUGGUUUGAAUUUAUCCCGGAUAAUAUAGGGUGAAUUGUUUUUCUUGCCUCUCUGAACUAGCUGAGAAUAAAAACACAAACUCACACGUCACAGCUGUUUCAAGCAGCACAUAGACCACAUUUCCACCCAUGAUGAAAUUAUGUUUUUUGACCCUCUCAAACAUUUUGACAUGCACUUACUGUCACCCUUUCCUGUGUAACCACAGGAUGCAAAAUCAAAGCGCUACGAGCCAAGACCAACACCUACAUCAAGACGCCCGUGCGUGGCGAGGAGCCGGUGUUCGUGGUGACAGGGAGGAGGGAGGACGUCGCUAUGGCCAGGAGAGAGAUCAUCUCUGCGGCCGAGCACUUCUCCAUGAUCCGGGCCUCCCGGAACAAGAACACAAGCAUCAACGGGACGACGGGAGGUGGUACCCCGGCCCCUGGACCCCCCAACCUACCGGGUCAGACCACCAUCCAAGUCCGCGUUCCUUACAGGGUGGUUGGGCUGGUCGUGGGUCCCAAGGGGGCCACCAUCAAGCGUAUCCAGCAGACAACCCACACCUACAUAGUGACUCCCAGCCGGGACAAGGAGCCCGUGUUUGAGGUGACGGGCAUGCCUGAGAACGUGGACCGCGCUCGGGAGGAGAUCGAGGCCCACAUCACCAUGCGGACUGGUGGCCUCAUUGAGCUCCAGGACGAGAACGACUUCCAUGCCAACGGCACGGACGUCGGGUUUGACAUCCAUGGCCACCCCACCCUGUGGUCCAAGCCCAGUAACCCGCAGAGCGCCGCCCCGACGGCUGGACGCAAACCUUUCUCCAACUACCGCAACGACUCAUCAUCCUCCCUGGGCAGCGCGUCCACAGAUUCCUACUUUGGCACCAACAGCGGCUCGCGUAUGGCGGACUACAGCCCCCCCUCCCCGGCGCUCAGCUACACCGCCACCAACGGCAACAACAACAACAACAACCUGAACAUCAACACCAACGGGAAUGGCUUUGUCUAUGGUGGCGACGUCAUCUCGCCCGACUGCACUGACAUGACCUUCGGCGACACCUCGCCCGGGUUCUGCCCCACGCCCGCCCCGCCCGGCCUCCUCUGGUCCCAGUACGAGCGGGGGAUGACUCCCUCCUCCUCCUCCUCCAGCUCCCCUACCUCCACCUCCUCCGCUAUCUACCCAUCAGCCAAUGCUUCCACGAACGCCAACGGGAUGGCGACGAGCCAGAGGAGGAUGAACGGCGGCUCUACCCCCCAGCCUCGCUUGUCCCCACCCCUCCACAACAACCACGCCGGAGGCCCCACCGAUCACCCCCUGGCCCGGAGAGUCCGCAGCGACCCGGAAGGAGGCCCCCUGGGCUUCACCGGGUACCCCAGCUCCAACGGCAUGGCCUCCCUGCCCGGGCCCCACCUCCCCGGGGUGCCCUGCGACUCCUCAGCCUCCUCUUCAUCCUCUUCCUCCUCCACCAGCCGGAAGGGCAGUCGCGACUGCUCCUUGUGCUUCGAGAGCGAAGUAAUUGCAGCUCUGGUGCCCUGUGGCCACAACCUCUUCUGUAUGGAGUGUGCCAACCGCAUCUGCCAGAGGAGUGAACCCAAAUGCCCCGUGUGCCACACUGGGGUCACUCAGGCCAUACGUAUAUUUUCAUAAGACGUUGUCUCUAUGACUCUCUGACUAUGAUGUUAUUACCAAGAUGACCAAGUCUUUCUUGACUGACAAUAUUACCAAGAUGACUGGGUCUUGACUACGAUAGCAACAACCACAACUAAAACAAGACUCUUGUUCUGCUUGAAAGGAUCCUAUACCGUAAUGUAUGGGGAUAUAUGUUUGUGUAUAUACAUAUGUAUGUAUAGGAAAGCUGCAGUAUCCAUAUAGUUUGGCUGCUACCGUAGCGCUCAUACAUAUAGACAGGCAGAGCUCUGACGGGGAGUGGUAUAUAUCCACAAGGGAUCCACUCCUUUUGUCAUGUUAUAGCGAUCUUGUCCUAGAUAGGCUUUUGCAUCAGCCCACGACGUCAGUGAUUUUUCAUUCCUCGGCUGCUUUCCUCAACUGUUCCCCAUUUUUCCAAUGAUGAAAUGGUUACAGCCGGAGACCGUUGGAAUAGAACUUUAUGCAUAAAUGGCCGGAAAUUGAAUCAAUAAAGUAGACUUAUCUAUGUUCGUAUAACCCCCGUGAAAUGAAAUGGAUCAUGACAGUUAGUGGAUGUUUCCUGGGUAUUGCUCCUAUCAUAUGUUGUUGCUGUGCUAAGGGGAAAUCAUGGAUUCUGCACCCCCCCUCUUUACUUGUGCUAUUUUUGACCUCAUCUGGCAUAGGGGCAUGAUAGUCCUAGAGCAUGUGGUUUGAAUUUAUCCCGGAUAAUAUAGGGUGAAUUGUUUUUCUUGCCUCUCUGAACUAGCUGAGAAUAAAAACACAAACUCACACGUCACAGCUGUUUCAAGCAGCACAUAGACCACAUUUCCACCCAUGAUGAAAUUAUGUUUUUUGACCCUCUCAAACAUUUUGACAUGCACUUACUGUCACCCUUUCCUGUGUAACCACAGGAUGCAAAAUCAAAGCGCUACGAGCCAAGACCAACACCUACAUCAAGACGCCCGUGCGUGGCGAGGAGCCGGUGUUCGUGGUGACAGGGAGGAGGGAGGACGUCGCUAUGGCCAGGAGAGAGAUCAUCUCUGCGGCCGAGCACUUCUCCAUGAUCCGGGCCUCCCGGAACAAGAACACAAGCAUCAACGGGACGACGGGAGGUGGUACCCCGGCCCCUGGACCCCCCAACCUACCGGGUCAGACCACCAUCCAAGUCCGCGUUCCUUACAGGGUGGUUGGGCUGGUCGUGGGUCCCAAGGGGGCCACCAUCAAGCGUAUCCAGCAGACAACCCACACCUACAUAGUGACUCCCAGCCGGGACAAGGAGCCCGUGUUUGAGGUGACGGGCAUGCCUGAGAACGUGGACCGCGCUCGGGAGGAGAUCGAGGCCCACAUCACCAUGCGGACUGGUGGCCUCAUUGAGCUCCAGGACGAGAACGACUUCCAUGCCAACGGCACGGACGUCGGGUUUGACAUCCAUGGCCACCCCACCCUGUGGUCCAAGCCCAGUAACCCGCAGAGCGCCGCCCCGACGGCUGGACGCAAACCUUUCUCCAACUACCGCAACGACUCAUCAUCCUCCCUGGGCAGCGCGUCCACAGAUUCCUACUUUGGCACCAACAGCGGCUCGCGUAUGGCGGACUACAGCCCCCCCUCCCCGGCGCUCAGCUACACCGCCACCAACGGCAACAACAACAACAACAACCUGAACAUCAACACCAACGGGAAUGGCUUUGUCUAUGGUGGCGACGUCAUCUCGCCCGACUGCACUGACAUGACCUUCGGCGACACCUCGCCCGGGUUCUGCCCCACGCCCGCCCCGCCCGGCCUCCUCUGGUCCCAGUACGAGCGGGGGAUGACUCCCUCCUCCUCCUCCUCCAGCUCCCCUACCUCCACCUCCUCCGCUAUCUACCCAUCAGCCAAUGCUUCCACGAACGCCAACGGGAUGGCGACGAGCCAGAGGAGGAUGAACGGCGGCUCUACCCCCCAGCCUCGCUUGUCCCCACCCCUCCACAACAACCACGCCGGAGGCCCCACCGAUCACCCCCUGGCCCGGAGAGUCCGCAGCGACCCGGAAGGAGGCCCCCUGGGCUUCACCGGGUACCCCAGCUCCAACGGCAUGGCCUCCCUGCCCGGGCCCCACCUCCCCGGGGUGCCCUGCGACUCCUCAGCCUCCUCUUCAUCCUCUUCCUCCUCCACCAGCCGGAAGGGCAGUCGCGACUGCUCCUUGUGCUUCGAGAGCGAAGUAAUUGCAGCUCUGGUGCCCUGUGGCCACAACCUCUUCUGUAUGGAGUGUGCCAACCGCAUCUGCCAGAGGAGUGAACCCAAAUGCCCCGUGUGCCACACUGGGGUCACUCAGGCCAUACGUAUAUUUUCAUAA